ACCUGGGUCAAAGGCUAUGAGUGCUCGGUAAAUAGGAGGAGUUAGGAGUCGUGGGCCAGAGACUACGGGAGGUGAUGCCGGCUGGGUUUUGAGUGGCUUGGGGAGAGUGAAGAAACCCAAAAAUGGAGGACUUUUCCACCAGGACCUAUGGCACCAGUGGCCUGGACAACAGACCUCUGUUCGGAGAGACGUCGGCCAAGGAUCGAAUCAUCAAUUUAGUUGUUGGAAGCUUAAUGUCUUUAUUGAUUCUAGUAACGCUGAUCAGUGCUUUUGUUUUCCCUCAACUACCUCCAAAACCAUUGAAUAUAUUUUUUGCUGUUUGCAUCUCUUUGAGUAGUAUUACUGCCUGCAUACUUAUCUACUGGUAUCGACAAGGAGACUUAGAACCGAAAUUUAGAAAUCUAAUUUACUAUAUCUUAUUUUCUAUCAUCAUGUUAUGUAUAUGUGCAAACUUGUACUUCCAUGAUGUGGGAAAGUGAGGCUGCCAAGGAGAAACACUUACCAGGACUCUUCAAAGCUAUAUAUUAGGACUGUGAAGAAGAGCUGGAAAAGGUAUGCUGGAGAAUCUCCUGCAGGAGUCUGACACAUGAUUUUCAUGUUAAUUGUAAAUCUAAAUUCCCUCUUGCAGGGGAGACCUAGCAUAGAUCACUAUGCUUUUGUCUUUAAGGAGCUGAUAUUGAUGUUGCACUUCAACAUUCCAACUCAACUCUUAAAGCUCAAACAGCACAAAUAAUUUUCACUUUUAAAAAUUAAAAAUUUUUUAUAAUAUAAUUGCAUGGCGAAGAAGCUAUGUAACAAACAAAAUCUUGCAUCCUAAGACAAAUAUUCUUUUAUUUCUGUUAAACUGAAUAUACAAUUAUUGUUCCCUAUACAACCAACUUUUACUUAUAACUACAACUUAAUUUCACAUUAACAAAACACAGUGAAAAGACAACUUUGAUUGUGAAGGUCUAAUUACAAGAAUAAAUAAAAUAAUUUA